AUGGCCAUGCCCUUGUUAGGGACAUGCCGCGCAAGUACAUUUACAGCUGGUAUAUUUGAUCUUGUCACUUUCGCAAUCUCAGGUCAAACAUCGUAUCUACUACUUUCUGAAGUUCGAGAAUACGUUUCACUUCACUUUCAGUUUGUGAGACCCAAGCGUGGAGCUGCCGCUCUUGCCCGUCUGAAGGCCUAUGAGGGAAUUCCACCUCCUUAUGACAAGAUUAAGAGGAUGGUUAUUCCUGAUGCUCUCAAGGUCUUGAGGCUACAAGCAGUACACAAAUACUGUUUGUUGGGCAAGCUUUCCUCAGAGGUUGGAUGGAUCCACUACGACACUAUCAGGGAGCUUGAGAAGAAGAGGAAGGAACAGUCUCAGAUUGCAUAUGAGAGGAAGAAACAGCUGAACAAACUGAGAGUCAAAGCAGAGAAGGUUGCUGAGGAGAAACUUGGUCCUCACCUAGAGAUAAUUGCUCCUAUAAAGUAUUGA